GGCUGAGUGUCAGGACUGUGAGAGCUUUACCAGUCCUGAGCCAGCUCUUAGUUGUCAGAGCGUCGAGUCCGCAGUGGAGGCGCAAGCAGGUCCUGUCUCUGUUUGCUCCGACUGGCACUGCAGCUCCAGUCCAAACAUCAGAGUUUAAAAGACAUAAAAGAGCUUUCUGUUUACUCUCAGCUACAAUAACUGCCAGACAAGGAGUUAAACGUCCACUAAAUCUUAGCGUUUUAUUCAGUUCCUUCCGCAUUUCCUCCUUCCUGUUCUUUGUUGUCGACCAGCAGAAUCCCUGACAGCACAGGCGAAGCAGAAUCAUCACAGCAGCAGCUUCUGGAGACAUCGUGGGAGUAACUCAACGCGAGAUACCAGGGAUAAUCCUCUGUGGAUCUGCAGUGUGUGUGCGCGAGUGUGUGCGUGCCCCUGUCCGAUAGCGUCCCCACCACCUUGUGUGUGCGUGCGUGAGGAGGCUAAUGCCCGCGGUAGUGUGGUCAGGGCCAGAGGAGGAUGAGUCCGGCUGUGGAGGCUCAGGCCCAGGAGGCCAGAGAUGUAGAGAAAAAGCAAAAGCAGCAGCAACAACAACAACAACAACAACUACAACUACAACAGCAGAAGCAGCUGCAGCACCAGCAGUGCUACAUGGAGAAAGGGGUGAUGCUUGAGCCCUUUGUGCACCAGGUGGGGGGGAAUUCCUGCGUCCUGCGCUUUGGGGAGCAGACCAUCUGUAAGCCUCUCAUACCCCGGGAGCAUCAGUUCUACAAGAGCCUGCCUGCUGCAAUGAGGACGUUUACCCCUCAGUAUAGAGGUGUGGUGUCAGUCAGCUUCGAGGAGGAUGAAGAAGGAAAUCUUUGCCUAAUCGCCUACCCCCUCCCCAGUGACGCAGCAGUAGAUCUGGAGAACACGGACCCUUCGGCCGACUGCGAGCACAAAAGCAACAUGCUGAAGUGGGGCAAAGUGGUGGCAUCCUCACUGCUAGUGGACAGUGAACAUUACAGUAAAGAUGGCCGAAGCCGUCACUCUCGCAAAGACAAGGACAAGAGUGUUCACAAGCUGCAGGAGGACGUGGAGCUGGAGUGGCGGCAGCAGGCUGAGGUUCUCUACUACAGACUGGAGCGCAGUCACAGUAACGCCGUUCCGCAGCUCAAACACAACCCCUGGAGUCUCAAGUGUCACCAGCAGCACCUGCAGAGGAUGAAGGAGAAUGCCAAGCACCGUAACCAUUUCACAGAAUUCAUCCUGCUGGAGAACCUGACGUGGAGCCACACGGUACCAUGUGUGUUGGACCUGAAGAUGGGCACACGGCAGCAUGGAGAUGAUGCCUCUGAGGAGAAGAAGGCAAUGCAUAUCCGCAAGUGUGAGCAGAGCACAUCAGCCACAAUAGGAGUGCGCCUCUGUGGCAUGCAGGUGUACCAGUCUGACACAGGCCAGCUGAUGUUCAUGAACAAGUACCAUGGUCGUAAGCUCACCCUGCCAGGCUUCAAAGAGGCCUUGUACCAGUUCUUCCACAGCGGACAGCGCCUACGGCGUGAGCUCCUCUCCCCAGUGCUGCGCAGGCUCAGAGACAUGCAGGCUGCCCUGGAAGCCUGUGAAUCCUACCGCUUCUACUCCAGUAGUCUUCUCAUCAUAUAUGAUGGGGCACCACACCGAAAACACACACGGCGACGCACAGAAGACGGACUAUCUGAUGAAGAAGAGGAGGAGGAGGCUGAACCGGAAAUGGAGGAGGAGGAAGAAGACGAGUCGAUGGGCGAAGUAGCAGGUGCACUUGGUUUCCCUCACAGCCCCUCCAUGUCCAGUGACAUCAGCAGUAGUUGCUGCAGCAGCAGCAGCACUAGCAGUGGUGGUGGGAGCUCAUGUGUCAGCCAGGCUCGCCUGUCCCGCUCCGACCCCCGCAGCCCUGUGGUGGAUGUGAGGAUGAUAGACUUUGCCCACACCACCUGCAGACAUUACCAGGAGGACAGCGUGGUGCACGAGGGCCAGGACAGUGACUACAUUUUUGGCCUCGAGAACCUCAUCACCAUCAUUUCGGAGCUGGAGAACCAAAGCACAGACUGAAGGCUGACAUGACACACACAGUCACAGAGACACGGUGAUGCUGAAUUGUGGGAGUAAGGAUGGGACUGAACUACAGAGGAGAAGAGAGAAAAUCCAACCUUGUUAUAGCUGGCUUUUCAUUGGACCCCCUUCCUGUUUCUGGUGCUUCUCGAUGCUCCUGUUGUGUGUGUGUGUGUCUCCGUAUUUGGAAUUUGAAACAGGCCUGCAAGUAACAUAGAAGAACCAUCUGUGACACAUGCAGUGAUUUACUCAUCACCAUCAUUCUGUUUUAACCCAGUGCACCGAAAAAAGGUUUAGGCAGCAAAAGAAAUCAGUUUGAAGUCUGAGACAGUAGAAAUGUUUUCCUUGUGUCCGAUUCCAAAGAAAGUGUCCACAUUUUGCACACACAAACAUCCACACAUUCUGCUGAAUGAGUGUAUGUUUAGACUGAGACAGGACUAUCAGAGCGAGCAGGAGUUGUACGUGUACAAGGACAGUCAAUGGGCAGAAAGGUCACGUGCUCACACACUCCGUUCUUCUCCUUGUGCCUGUUCAUUCUGCCAGCCUACUUCGCCUGUUCAUCCUCACUCAAAGAGAAUCUAUCCAUAUCAGAGAUGAUACAGAAUUUAUUCAUUUGAUGAUAUAGAAUCUAUUCAUUUGACGUUUCAUAAAAUAAACUAAAAGUUUAAAAAAGAAUGUAAAUGGAGAGUACUACAUUCCAUGUAAACAAUAAUGUUAUUAAUUAACAUUGUUUUCGACAUGUUUGGAUUCCUCUGUCUUGUAUGUUUGUGAAAUUAAAGCCUUUGGUUUGA